AUGUUCACUAUAUAUGACUAUGAGAACUUCACUCGAGAAGAAUACUUGGACUUCUUCACAAAGUUACUUCUAGCACAUUAUGUCAAUCAGAUAGAGGCAAUACUAUUGCACAAGGAUGCUUCAUUAUAUCAUUCAUUACAUGUUGAAUUCCCCAUCAUAUUGGAAGGUGAUGUCAACUUUGGACCAUUGUUCAUAGCUCAACCACGCAAGUUGUUGCCUCUGUUUCACGAAUCAUUGUUAGAGGCACAGAGUAGAGUUAGAGAGUUCUAUAUCAAUGGUGGUGAUAGAAGUGAUAGUACCAACAGAGUCAGCAACAAUAGCAAUGGAAGAAGACGUGAUAAUGGUCAUAGAAGCAGCCAAGCACACGGUGGCGGUGGUGAUGAUGAUCUUGCACAGAGUAUCUCACAACAGAGUUCAUACAGCAAUAUAACACCUUCGAUGUUGACCAUCAAGCCUAGAUGUAGAGUUCGAGUCAGUGACCUUCCAAUGGUCCGAGAGAACAGGAGAACAUUCCUCCCGCGCUCCUCUGACUAUGGUCUCUUUGUCGAGUUCCGAGGUACAGUCAUCCGAACCGGUCCACCCAAAGUCAUCGAACGUACCAAGUUCUUCUUGUGCUCCAAGUGCAAGCAUCAAUUCCAGGUAAACAUUGAUCAUGAACUAAAGAAUCAAUUCAACUUGCCAAAGAGAUGUCCAAACCCAAAGUACUGUGAACAUCAAUACUUCAAACCAGUGGAUCAGAUUGGUGAACAUUGUGACUAUCAGGAGAUCAAGGUUCAGGAGAACAUUCAUCAGAUUGGAGCUGGAUCAAUACCAAGAUCAAUCAUUGUCAUUGUUCAGGAGGACUUGGUCGACAGCUGUCAAGCAGGCGACGAUAUUGUGGUCAGUGGCACAGUGAUCAGACGCUGGGAGGCACUCAAACAGGACGAGCGAUGCGAUGUCGAGAUCGUCCUGCUAGGCAAUCACAUCAGGAUCAUGAAUGAACAACGCUUUGGCGCCGGCAUGACUGACGAACUACGACGCAGCUUUGAGGACUUUUGGAUCGAGCACGAGUCACAGCCACUUCUGGGCAGGAACAAGAUUCUUAAGACAAUCUGUCCAGGAGUCUAUGGCAUGUUUGUCGUCAAGCUGGCCACCAUGAUGAUCUUGGUGGGCGGCGUGGAGAUCAACGACAAAGAGAGUGGCAUCAAGCGCAGAGGAGAGUGCCACAUGCUGCUGGUGGGAGAGCCCGGCACGGGCAAGAGUCAGUUCCUCAAGUUCGCCGCCAAGGUUGCGUGCCGAUCCGUCCUGACGACUGGCAUCGGCACGACCAGCGCCGGUCUGACCGCCGCCGUGGUCAAGGAGCAGGGUGGCGAGUGGAUGCUGGAGGCGGGUGCGCUGGUCCUGGCCGACGGCGGCGUGUGCUGCAUCGACGAGUUCAGCGGCAUCUGUGAGAAUGAUCGCGCCACUAUCCACGAGUCCAUGGAGCAGCAGACCAUCUCCAUCGCCAAGGGUGGCAUUGUCACCAGUCUGCACACACGCACAUCGAUCAUAGCGGCCACCAACGCCAAGGGCAAGUACGACGAGUCACAGAGCCUCAUGAUAAACACCAACCUGGCCAGUCCGCUGUUGUCUAGGUUUGACAUCAUCCUGAUCAUCACGGACGACCAGAUCCCGGCGUGGGACACGCUCAUCUCGGAGUUCAUCCUGCGUCGUGGACAAAAUGUUCGCGUGCCCACCACCGACAUUGAGGAAGGCUCGAUGUGGAACAUUGAGAAUCUGCAGAACUACCUCUACUACAUCAAGUCGACGUUCCGUCCAACGCUGUCCCCUGAGAGCCGUCUGCUGCUAGACGCCUACUUCUCCAAGCAGAGGACGGGUGGCAAUCAGCGUAAUGAAGCGAGGAUCACGACCAGACUGAUGGAGUCGCUCAUUCGUCUGUCGCAGGCACAUGCCAGACUCAUGUUUAGGAAUAUCGUGGAGAUACAGGAUGCCAUUAUGGCCAUCUACAUGGUCGAGUGCUCGGCAGAGUCAUCGUGCAUCCUGUCGGGCCUGAAUGCGCAGACGUCCAUCUUCCCAGAGGACCCUGAGCUGGACUAUAGAAUGAUAGAGAGAACGAUCAAGGUUGCACUGGGUCUGACCAACAUCAGCUACAAGCCAUCCAAGAGGAAGAAGACCAAACCCAGAGAGCAGCCGCAUCGCGUCAACUCAUCGUGGGUCAACACCAACCUCGAUGAUCUUGAAGAGAGUGAUGAUGAUGGUUACAAUGGCGAAGAAGACGAAGAGGAGUAUGAAGAGGUUGAUGAAGAUGGUCCACUACCAAGCUGGGCACAAGACACUCAAUAUGAUCAAGAAGAAGAAGAAAUAGAAGUGCCAGUGGAUCAGGAUGUUGAUGUCCAACAACAUGAGGAUCAUAAUGGACAUUUUGAUCAAGAUGAAGAGGAUCAUCAUGUACAUGAAGAAGAACAACAACAAGAGAAAGAGAAGGAACAUGAUAUCUCAUUCAAUCUGGACAUUGCAAGCAGUCAGAAGGGUUCCAAUGGAAGUGGUGGCAAGAAGGGCAAACAAACAGCAGUAUCACCAGUCCUGGGAAAUGACAACAACAACGACACAAAUGCUCAAGUCAAGCAACCAAUGCAACCUCCUCCACCACCACAACAACAGAAGAAGGUACAACCUCAAUCCCCGCCACCACAAAGAUCACCUCCACAACAACAACAACAACAACAACAACAACGAUCACCGCCACAACAAAAGACACCAACAGUCAUUGUUGAGGACACUUCAGACCUUGAAAACCUGGAGUUUGAGGACAAUGAACUGGAACCAUCACAACCAAGCACAUUCAUGGCUCCACCAAAGACACAACAACAGCAACAACAACAAACUACACCAGUACAACAAAAACCAACACCUCAACCACAACAGUUCAGCAGACUACACCAAUCACAAUCCAGCCAAGCACCAGUAUCACAGAGUGGCAUCAAUGAUUUGUUGCGAGAGAUACAAGAGCACCAGUCGUCCAUGGACGUGGACUGGGGAGAAGGCGAUGUGGACUACGCUGUAGUGCGUCAAUCCAGCCAACAAAGUAAAUCUGAUGAUAUCACUGGCAACAACAAUACUGGCAACAACAAUACUGGCAAGUCUGGAAACAACACUGGCAGCAACAACAUAUCAUACCUUUUCAGCAAUAUUAGUUAUACAACAACAAGUGAUAGUAUAACAACGAGUCAGCAAGGAGCUACAAAGCCAGCAGCAGAGGAUGAGGAUCUGGAUGGAUUGGACAUGUCACAAGUCUAG